UCCGCGGCCUAGCGCUAGGCGGUGAGGGCGGAGGUCAUGGCUGACCAAUGGGGCUCUGAGGCGACUCCUGCAGGGCCAGCAGGCGCCAUCCGUUGUCGCGCAAGGCUAAACUCCAAAAAGAUCUAUCGGGGUAUAUUUGUUGAUCGGGACAUUUGCUGAAAGGCACCUUAUAUCUGCUCUCUGCACCUUCACUCCGCUUUCCUGCAUACCCAAGAUACCCAGCAUGUCGUCCCUUCCCCCAGUUUACAUCGUUUCGGCCGCCCGUACGCCUACGGGCAUGUUCUUGGGCUCCCUCUCGAGCCUGAGUGCUGUCCAGCUGGGCUCUCACGCCAUCAAGGCUGCCGUUGAGCGCGCCGGCAUCAAGCCCACCGAUGUCGAGGAAGUCUUCGUUGGCAAUGUCCUCUCCGCAAACCUCGGCCAGAACCCCGCCCGCCAGUGUGCCAUUGGCGCCGGCCUCCCCGAGUCGACCGUCGCAACCACCAUCAACAAGGUGUGCGCUUCUUCCAUCAAGGCCCUCAUUGUCGGUGCCCAAACCAUCAUAACCGGCAAUGCCGACAUUGUCGUCGCCGCGGGAACCGAGAGCAUGUCCAACACCCCCCACUACCUCCCCAACCUGAGGACCGGCGCCAAGUUCGGAGACCAGCCUCUGGUCGACGGUGUACUGAAGGAUGGUCUGACCGACGCAUACAAGAAGGAGCACAUGGGCCUGCAGGGAGAGGAGUGCGCAGACGACCACGGCUUCUCCCGCGAGGACCAGGACGACUACUGCAUCCGCUCCUACAAGAAGGCGAACGCUGCGCACGAAGCUGGCUGGUUCAAGGAGGAGAUCGCUCCCAUCGAGGUUACCGUUGGACGCGGCAAGCCUCCGGUCGUCGUCGACCGCGACGAUGAGCCCAAGAACUUCAACGAGUCCAAGACCCGCACACUAAGGCCUUCCUUCAAGCCCGGAAACGGAACUGUCACUGCUGCCAACGCUUCACCGCUCUCCGAUGGCGCUGCUGCUCUUGUUCUUGCCUCUGAAGAGGCUGUCAAGAAGCACGGCCUCAAGCCCAUUGCUAAGAUCCUCGGCUGGGGUGACGCUGAGCAGAACCCCUCCAAGUUCACCACCGCCCCUGCGCUCGCCAUGCCCAAGGCUCUGAAGCACGCCAAGGUGGAGCUCUCUGCCGUCGAUGCAUUCGAGAUCAACGAGGCCUUCAGUGUCGUUGCGCUCGCUAACAUGAAGAUCCUUGGUAUCCAAGAAGACAAGGUCAACCUGCACGGUGGUGCUGUCGCGCUCGGCCACGCGCUCGGUGCCUCCGGUGCCAGGAUCACAACUACACUGCUCGGUGUGCUAAGGGAGAAGAAGGGCAAGAUUGGCUGUGCCGGCAUCUGUAAUGGUGGCGGUGGUGCCUCCGCCAUCGUGGUUGAGUCGUUGCAGUAGCUGCGCCGUCUCGUUAAUGAAGACACGUAAUGCUAGAUAUGAAUGAAGAUGAUCACGUAUACUUCCAGGCUGGAUCUCCGCGCCCACCGUUACGCGGUUACGUGAACCGGACAUAUUCCAAACCUCGUCUAGUUAUCAAGAUGAUCAGAGAUCUCACCCACUGUAAUAUCUUCUAUAUUUUCUGUUCCAAGUAAGUUGGUGUAUGUACUAGUCAUCGCGACAACGAUACACCCACCUGCAAAAAGCACUUAUGUAUAUACUCGAAUUGUGUAGAUCGACUUCCCGAUUCAUUGGUUGAACGGUCGGUUUCAGGGGGGUGGAGCGCCAGUACUGGCCGCGCUCGCUUCGUGAAGCGCUAAAUCCCGCGCGCGGCAUUGGCCAGUAGUCGCUCUCCUUCAUCCCAACCCCCGAUCACCUCAC